AAAAAAAAAAACCCAACAUCCUUUGAGUACUAUCUUCUUUUUUCUUGUUUUCUGUGUUUGAUUCAGUGGUUUUUUUAUUUUUUGUUGCUGUCAACACCUGAAUAAGCUCUCACAAGACAAACCAGAUUUUAAAGAAAUGUACCCAAGGGUGAAAGUCAAAGAACAAGACCAAGAUGAUCAACAAGUUAUCAAGGAUUCUGUUUUGUCUUUGAAGGAUGUUCUGUUUCUCUCUAUGCUUGAUUCUUAUUUUCCAGGGAAAAGACAUGAAGAUGAUGUUUCUCCGAUGCCCACAGCAAGAAUUCCAAAGUCUUACCAUGCACCAGAAGUAGAUAAACAUUCAGAUUCUACAUCUGAAGAAGCAGAGCAAAACAAGACGAAAGCUGACGAGGAGGAAACUAGACCGAACAUUAGAGUCAGUUCAACUCCACGUCCUCGGGCUGUCAUAUCGAGUCCUGACAAUGACGCAUUGAUCAGAAAUAAAAACAAGAUCGAAGGGAGACAACGAACGGCGUCGAAGAAUCAUGACACGGUUCAAAACCGACACACGACCCGAACCCAUAUCUUUGGUAAAAGUCCUGUAAGAACAAACAAGUCCAAUGAUGGUGGUGGUGAUGACUGUAAUGUUGAAAUUAAAGGGAAGAAAGGAUCAAGACCACCUGUUUCAAGUCAGAGAAAACACCUUAUAACUCAACGACCAGGUUGGCAAGAUCCAUAGAAAGUUUUAGCUGAAUCCGGGUACUUGGUGUGAGCCUCGGAUAUGGGUAAUAUCCGAUAUGACCAUCUUCGAUUUUUUGUUCUUUUCAAGUUUAUAUAUAUUAUAUAUUUGGAUGAUUUUUGAAGGGUUAUUCCUUAUAUCCAUUUUUCGGAUGUGUCAUUCACAAUGCUUAUAUGCUUGAAAAAAAUGAAGAGUUGAAAUAAUAUUAGCACA